AGGCUGGCGCAAGCUGUCCGCGGCCGAGUCGCUCGUUAGCGGCGCAAAAAUACGCUAAACGCUGACAUACUUGGUCACCCGUACUGCACCAACACGGUCAGCCCAGCGCUGCUGCGCAUAAUCGCGGUACAGCACACCCAGCUGCCACAGGGCGCAACAACGCACGGAUGGAGCGCAGCAGCAGGGGCAGAGCGCGCAGCGCGCCGAGGCUCUUCCACGACGAGGCCGCCGCCGAAAACCCCCAAACGGCGACGGUGAAGCCCUGGGCCGGCAUCCUCCAGAACGGGAUAGAGGUCGAAUUCAUGCGCAUCGAGCGGCUCCAGGAGGCGCUCGAGGGGCUGGGCCUCGACACGGAAGGCAAGCGUUUUAAUUUAUUGCAGCGCCUGGCGGAGGCGCUCAAAGGGGGGUCUGGAGACGAUGAUGUGUGUGUCCACGAGCAGGUCGCCGCGAAGAAAGACGAUGCCUGGAUUUUAGCGAGUGUCGUGAGCUACGACGCCGAUCAGGAUGUGUACGAGGUGCGGGACGAGGCCGAGGCCCACGAACGUCGCGCCGCGGUUGUCCUGGAGGCGGCGGGCGCGGCCGGGAAGAUGAAGGUCCGGGAAUUGAGGAAUGCGCUCGACGAACUAAAUGAAGAGACGGACGGCGCCAAGCCCCAAUUAAUCGAGCGGCUCAUUAAUGCAAGGCGCCGCGCGGCGCCGCCCGUGCCAGCCAUCCAACUGGAAGCGGAUAGAGUACGACGCCUCGGCGUCGACCAGGACGCGUUGAGGGAGGGCGAGCAUGUAUUAGCCGUCUACCCCGCGCGGGACGCGGAGGGCCGGGCGCCGGACGAGCCGGAGUUCAACGCGAAGACGAUCCACGGGAUGGAGUGGACGACGACGUUCUACCGCGCGGCCGUCGCGCGGAAGCCGAUCCAGGCGCGCGACGACGGCUGCGUGCGGUUGGUGUUCGACGGCGAGGACGAGCAGAUCCACCGCGUGUCGCGCCACUACGUUAUUAGGGAGACGCCGCUUUCUUCUGUAGAACCGCUGCCCGCGCCGUCGGGGCCGCAGAUCUCGGGCUACAUGCACUUCAUGCAGCAGAAACGACCGGAAAUUACAGAAGCGGUGCGCGCGGAGCGGCCGACGAACCUCUCGGCGCAGGUCACGAAGCGGCUCGGCGAGAUGUGGCAGCGCCUCGGGAAGAGCGACCGGGAAAAAUAUAAAAGAGAGGCGCCCCUGAAGGACGACGUGCCCGGCUGGGGCGCGAAGAAGCCACGGAAGAAGAGGAAGAAGAAAGAAACGGUGCAGGUCGCGCGGCAGACGCCGCGGCCGGUGCCGCACCCCGGCUACGUCCCGCCGGCCCUGCCGGAGGGCGCGGUGCCGCUGCCGGCGGUCGUGCGGGAGAUCGCGCCGCUCCUGGGCCCGCCGCGUUCUUAUAAUUUCGACGAGGCCGCGGCGCGGGCGGCCUUCGAGGACGCCGACCGGCGCUACUCGGCGCUCAAGGGCAUCGAGAAGCGCCUCGAGGACGAGCUCGCGCGGCUGCGCGUCGAGGAGGCGGCGCUGCGGGCGGCCGCGGGCGAGGUCGACGAGGAGGGCUGGGCGCAGUUCGACCCGGCGCGCGACGGGGGCGAGAACCUGGAGGCUGUUUAA